AAAGAUCAUGUCCUCUCUGCACUCUAUCCGAUCCUCUCAUGUCCUAGGUCCUUCUCAUCCUCUUCCAUCACUCCCGCCGCUAUAUAUAUCGGGACACUGUCCUGAUUCUCUCCCUUGUAGGAGAAACGGGCCCCAUUAUUCUCUUUCCGCUCCCUCCCGACUUGUCGUGUGCGCCUUCACGCCGCAGCCAUGGCAGUCCUCGAGCAGUAUAGCUGGAUCAUCGGGCUCAUCACCAUUGCCCUCUGCGCCAGCUCCUUUGGCAAUGGCGCCAACGAUGUGGCCAACGCCUACGCCAACUCGGUGGCGGCUCAGACCAUGACCAUGCCCCAGGUCGGUAUCCUAGCCAUGUUCACCGAGUUCUUCGGCGCCGUCGCCCUAGGCAGUCGAGUCACGGGCACCAUCAAGAACAACGUUAUCGACCUGGGCCGCUUCCAAGCCAGUCCGUCGGUCCUGAUCCUGGCCAUGGGCUGCGUCGAGAUGGCAAGCGCAAGCUUCCUGCUUGUCGCCACCAAGCUUGGUUUCCCCGUGUCCACCACACAGACCGUCAUCGGCGCCCUCGUUGGCGCCGGCAUCGCUGCCAACUCCCAGAUCUCGUGGGGCUGGAAAAAGGGUAGCGUUUCCCAGAUUGCAGCCUCGUGGGUUGUAGCACCCUGCACCGCCGCUGCGAUUUCGGCCGCGCUCUUCGGCACCCUCAAAUUUGCCGUCCUCGAGCGCAAGAACUCUUUCGAGAAGGCCAUGCGUGCCAUCCCUUUCUACCUCGCUUUUACCGCCUCUAUGCUGGCCCUCUUCAUCACGGUCGAGGCCCCUGGAGCACCCAGUCUCGAAGAUCUCGGCGCUGUGACUGCCGUCGGUAUCGUCCUUGGAGUCUUUGUUGGUGUGCUGGCUCUAUCCUACAUAUUUUUUGUCCCCUACGCCCACCGCCGGCUCGUCAUGGAGGACCCCCGCAUCCGCGCGCGGCACAUGAUUCUCGGCCCUCUGCUUCGCAAGGAGAACCCGCCCAUCUUCUGGCCCGCCAAAGGUGACGAGAUUGUUGUCGACCACUAUGCCACCGCCGAGCCUACGGCCGACAACACCGCCAGCGCCAAGAUCCAGCCGAGCGGCGCAGACCUGGAGAAGGCCAACCCCGCCGGCACCGACAACAGCAGCAGCAACGGUGCGGAUGAUCUGGAGAGGGGCCAGCAGCAGCAGGCCGACACGGCCCGAGUGCAGCGGUACAAGCGCAAGCCCGAGCCCGAGGAGAGAUUCCUGGGCCCGACCGCACACCUUCCCAUGUACAAGCCGCAGCGACUGUGGUCGUAUGCAACGUACUGGUUCCUGCAGGGCGUGACGCGCGACUGCGUGACGCACGCCGCGUCGGAGCUCGAAGCCGUCCACGGCCGCGCGCACCGGUAUGACAACCGCGUCGAGCACCUCUGGACAUACGCGCAGAUCCCGUCGGCCAUGAUGAUGUCCAUCGCCCACGGGUCCAACGACGUGGCAAACGCCGUUGGCCCCUGGGUCGCCGCCUACCAGACGUACCAGACCGGCCUCGUGUCGGAGGACACCGACACCCCCAUCUGGAUCCUCAUCGUCGCCGGCUUCCUUCUCGGCUUCGGCUUCUGGUGCAUGGGCCACCACAUCGUCUCCGCCAUGGGCAACCGCCUGACCCAGCUCAGCCCGACCCGCGGCUUCUCCAUGGAGCUCGGCGCCGCCAUCACGGUGCUCAUGGCCAGCCGCCUGGCCUUGCCCAUCAGCACGACCCAGACGCUGAUGGGGGCCGUGUGCGGAGUGGGCCUGAUGAACAUGGACGCCGGCGCCGUCAACUGGCGCCAGAUCGGCAAGAUCGCCCUGGGAUGGAUCCUUACCUUGCCCUACGCCGGCCUCCUGUCGGGCUUGAUGUUUGCUAUGGCCCUCAACACCCCGCACUUUACCUAGGGCUUGCAGAGCGGCGGGUGGAGGGGCCUUAUUGAUGUCGCUCUGACGGGGAAUCGAAGGCGUAUGUUUUGGAGAGGUUUUUUGCAAGCAUUUCAAAUGACAGCCGGAGUAAAAGGAGUUUGGGAUUGGGCAGCUUAUUGAGAAUAUGUAUUAUCAUGAUGGGGUAUAUAUUGAAGCCGACGGCAGAAUCGGCUUGGCAACUUGUUUGUUCAAUGCAUUGGAUGGCUGAUCAUGGAAGGCCAGCAUAUACAACCUUCAUCCGGAAUACCGUCCGGUUUCCCCUUGCCGAGGAGAGAAAGGAGGACUAGCUCCGAAGUCGGGCGG